AUGGGGUUAUUUAAAUCCAACAAUCCUUUCCGCCACGCCGCGUCCAACGCAGACAACAAUGACGACGAUGACAUAGGACCCCCUCCAGGGCCACCACCCUCUCACACCACCAGCACAAAAGGUUCAGGUGACUAUGCCCCUCCUCCUGGACCUCCUCCAGGUUACCAUCAACAGGAGCAGCAGCAGCAGCAGGAGCAGCAGCAGCAGUACGACUGGCAGUCCGUGCCCCUCCCCGAGGACGACACCUCCAGCUACCCACCACCCCCAGCGCUGUUCGGCGGACACGACCGCAGCUGGGCCACCAACGCGACCGAGACACAGGCGGAGGAGGGCGAGAAGUGGUGCCGACGAUACACGCUGCUCCCUCCCACGCCGGACCCUCGGCACCCGGCUCUGUCGGCCGCUCCCAGGCUGGUCAGGCCGGCGGCUCAUACCUUUAGCGGUCACCACAACACCACCACGGGUGGUGGUCUGCUCUGGGCUGUCAGGACCGACAGGCGCUGCGGCGACAGCUGCAUCACCGCCCAGCCCCCCGUCUACGUAGCUCGGCGCGACGACCCGCGGGUGACGGGACGGGCGAGGACGGUGUACUGGGAGGUGGUGGUGCGGCGGGACCUGGGCGCAGACGCAGCGCUGGGGUUGGGGUUUGUGGCGCUGCCUUAUCCUCCGUUCCGGAUGCCGGGGUGGCAUAGGGGGUCGCUUGGGGUGCACAGCGAUGAUGGGCAUCGGUAUGUGAAUGAUCUCUGGGGCGGGGAUGACUUUGUGCAGCCGUUUGGGGGGAAGGGGGUUGUGGGGUUGGGGAUGCGGUUUUCGUCUGCUGGUGCUGCAGGAGGAGGAGGAGGAGGUAUCGAGGUGGAGUGCUUCAUGACGAGGAAUGGAAGGGUGGAGGGGAGGUGGGAUGUCAAUGGGCCUCGAGACGCACAGAGGGAUCGGGAGCCGGAGGGCGUGCAGGGGUUUCAUGAUCUUGUGGUUGCGGUGGGCGUGAUGGGAGAGGUGGAUGUGGAGGUUGUUUUGGAUCCGGAGAAGUGGAUGUAUAAGGGUGUGGAGGACUAA